UGCUUGGCCCAAUAUGAAACUGUGUAGACCAAGCCCACUAAAAUAAACGGUGCUUUCUCUUCGUCCCUGUCUCCCAGUUUCUCUGCAAACCAGGGUUUAAGCUUUUCAUUCCCUCUGAACCCUCUUUCAAUCAACCUCAAAAACUAUGCAGACCCUUGUGAAAUUAGCAACGAAGCCUACUCUGCGUAACACUCUGAGCAAAACCCAAUUCAUCGCCACCGUCAAUUUCAAAUCUUUGUCCACCAAACCCUCCGCGCCGCCCAAUCGGAACCCUAAGAAAGCCGACGACGAGUGGAACGACGCGUGGGAGACCGCGUGGCUCCCGCCGGACCCAUCCUCCGAGAACGCCAGAGCUCCAUGGGAGACCGACGAGAAUCUCCCGCCGCCGUCUGCGGCGGCCGUGAUUCCCUCCGACGCCGACCCCGAGACGAAGGCGUUUGUGGAGGACAUGAAUGCAAAUUGGGACGAGAGACGGAAACCAAAGGAGGAGAAGAAACAGCAGCAGAGUGAGAGUGGGAAGCUUUAUAGCUUGGAGAAUAUAAAGAAGGACUAUAGGUUGAAGAAGCAGAGGAUUCAUGCCGGGCUUUGGAUGAAGGAGAUUGAGAAGCAGCAAGAGGCUAAAUUAGCUGAUUCCGGUUCCAUUGGUGGCGGUGACGAUAUCGAACGCUUGCUUGAUAGCUGCUCCGAUAUCUUCGAUUCUACCAACAAUGAUUUGGAAAAUGCCAAAGUGCCGAGCGCUGAUGAUUUCAAGAACAAGCCGGAUGGUUGGGAAACGACAGCCAAGGCUGAAGAGGGAAGUGUGUGGGAGAUGACACAGAGGGAAGAAGAUAUCCUUCUCCAAGAGUUUGAGCGUCGAAUUGCGUAUAAUAAGUUUCAGAUUGCUAGUUUUAUCAAGACUCACAUAUUUAGUCGAAGAAGGCCAAUCGAUGGGUGGAAAUACAUGAUAGAGGAGCUGGGGCCAAAUGCUAGGAAGGGAAAAGGUGCUGUUUCAAGGUUACCAAAUUUAUCCGAUGCAUCAACCCAACCCUUCAAGGAGGAGAGGACUCCAAUUAGCACCAGUCUUACCUCCUACAAGGAUAGGUAGUUUGGUAUCCAAACACUUUCGUAUCCUUCCAAUGUCUGAAAUGACCUUUCUUUGUUCGGAGGUAUCAGCAUUGAAAGUUUACCUAGCUACUGUAUCGCUUGCUUCCUGCAAGUUUUGAGCUCAAUGUAUAUGAUGGAACCAUCCUGUAAGAAAACUGAAACUGCAACUAUUGCAAUUGAAAGAAUGAAUGUAUUCGCUCGA